UUGUACGCAUGCGCACUUCGUGUCUGUGUGUAAACUGCCGUUGGAACAUUUAAACUCGGUCAGCUGUCAGACACACAAACCGACCAAAACGCCGGUGCGAGCGUCGUUUGGAGCUGUAACGGUGGUCCUCCUCUUCAUACACCGUCUCGCCGCUAAUGCCCGCCCGUUAAAACCGUUCAUCAGGCCCAGAACCGCAACGUUCCGGGUUUUUUCUAGCCGCUGGCCGACCUGCCGCUCUGUUAGCCGGGCGGAGACGAGAGCAGCUGGAUGCUGUUCCAACCUGUUGGGCUUGGAUUAUGCAGCAUGAGCCCACCAGGACCUCGCCGGUGUUUCUGCUCUGUGACGGACAGCCCCCCCUGAAGUCGCCUGACGGCCCCCCCCCUCGGAGCUUCGUGGAGACGCUGCCGGUGGAGAUGAGCGUGAAGAUCUUCAGCGAGCUGGAUGCAGCGAGCUUGUGCAGCGCCGCUCGGACCUGCAAGCUGUGGCACGCCAUCAUCGAGCAGAGCGAGCAGCUGUGGAGGAGGCAGUGUCUCCUGCUGCGAGCCGUCUGCCAGAGGGAGGUGGACGGGGACCGGAGGGACGGCCUGUCCUGGAAGGUGACUCUGGUGAGGAACUACAGCCGCAGCUGUGUGAAGAGGGACUGGCUGAGAGGGCGCUACAGCUGCGUGGACUCGGUGGGCGAGCUGCUCGGCCGGAGGAUGGUGCCCCUGGAUGCAGAGACGUGGGGGGAGAUCCUGCAGGCCGAGCUGGACCGAUGAUGCUAACGCUUCCAUUUAAAGCAUCUCUGAGUCUCACAUUUAAACUCUAAUUUAUAUUUUAUACUUUGUGUUCAUUUUCAUGAACAAAAACAACUGUACAGAUAAUUUUUUUUACUUUUUUGAUGAAAAGGAUCAUGGAACGAUUUAAUUAGACGUAGAUACAGAUGAGAAUCAAUAAAUCCAUGUUUGUAA